AUGUCUAUUUAUAAAUUUUUAGCUUGGACAUCUCCAGGGCUUUAAAAAGUUUUAAUUGAAGAACUAGCCCAAUACAAUAUUUCUGCAAAACGGAGUAGAUUACGUAUUUAAUUCUUAAAAUUAUAGCCAUAUAUCCUAGCUCAGCUGUAUUUUUUGAAACUUCAAUGGAAAAUCUUAACAAUAUAAUGUAUAAGCCUACAUGCAUUACAUAUCUAAAUAUUAGAAUAAAUAAACCAAUUUAAGCAAGAAAUGCACGAGAAUUUAUUAGGAAUAUGUAAAAGGUUUAGGUUCAUCCAUAUAUUCCAAUAAAUGCUCAUUUAGAAAUACGAUUAAGCAUUAAAAGAUGUUUAAGAAAUCAUAGUGAUAAUUGGAGGGAUGUCAUCAAGAAUUAUCUAUUAAAUAAUAAUAAGACAAGGAAAUUGUUGAGCGAGCGAAAAUAAUUAUUAUUAGGAAAGGAGGAAUAACCAGAAAAUUACAUUAGUGAAACCUAUUCACCAAAGAUUCCAAUACCUGUUAAUGCUUAUCUUUAUCAAAACUAUCUCACAAUGUAUGUUCAAUUGCAUUUUGAGAGUUUGCAUAAAUUUGGAUUCAAAAAAUAUAUUGGUAAAGCAACAUUAUCUGAAAAUAUUGCUGAUGCUCUUCUUCAUUAUUGUGAUAUGAGAAGAGGAGUGACAUUAUGGGAUCCUUUUUGCGGUACAGGUACAAUAAUUUUAACAAUGCUUGUUCGCAAAUUUAAUAAAAGCAUUAGAAAAGGGAUGUUUUUACCUCUUUAUUAAAUGCCAAUAUUUAAGGAUACUUAUGUAGAUGAAGAAUUAAAUGAAUUAGACAUAAACAUCUUGGCUAAUGAUAUAAAUGAAUAAUAGUUAAGAAUUUUUUAUAAGAACUUAGAUUGGUUUAAAAAUUUAAAAAGAAUUAUACGUCAAUAAUCACCACAAUUAAGAAGUAAAUCUUAUGAAAAUUUGAGCAUUGCUUAAUUGGAUUUUACGAGCAUGCAUAAAGAAUUCAUCAAAGACAAAUUGAAAAAGGAUGAUUUAAUCGUAAUCACCAAUCCUCCUUGGGGUAGAACAGUUAAUUUAGAAAAAUUUAAUAAGAUGAUUAAAUUCUUAGAAAUAAAUUGCAGUUAAUGCUAUUUGCUGAUUGCAAGUGAUUAGUUUUAAUUUUUUAAUAAAAGGAAAUGGGAGUUAUUGGCAGAACCAUUAGUUGGAGGAUAAUGGACAAAAAUUAUUAAAUAUGAUAGAAAUAGAGAGGUACAACUUGCCACAUCAGAAAUAGUUCUUAAAGAAAAUAAUUAAAUCAUCUCAUAAACUGCAACAACAGAGUUGAUAGCUAAGGAACUUUCAUAUUAAAGAGAUAUAGAAGAAUAUUAAAAUAAAAAAAUAGUAGACUUAACAAAAAAUUUAGGAGCUCUUUCUAAAAAAUUAAAUAAUGAAGAUUAUCUUAAACAUUUGAAAAAGGAGACACGAACUAUUGCAGAUAAACAUGCAGUAUUUCUGAAAAAAUUAAAUAUAGGAACUAAAACAAAAGUGAGAUCAAUAAUGUUAAGAAGAGCAUAGGAUUUGUACAAAACAAAAAUAAGAAAUUUAAAUUUACAAAUUAACAAAAUUAGGGAAUAGAUAAAAAAAGAAAGAAUUGAAUUAAAGAAAUAAGAAGUAAAGGAUAAGGUAAUAUUGGAUAAAUAUCAAUUGAAAUAAGAAGACUUAGAGAAAGUAUAGAAAGUGUUAGAUGAAAAGGCAAAGAAAAAGAGUUUAAAACUAUUGAAACAAGAGAAAAAGAGAUCUCAAACAAUUCCAAGAUGGUGAU